UGUACAUCCCCCGCCACUCCCCCGCUCCUUGCCCCCAACCACCAGACGCCACCCGGACGCCUGAGAUCGCACCGGAGCGCGCGCGCACCUUGAACGGCCGCAGAACUCAAACUAUCUCGCGCAGGAGACGACGUCAUGACGCACUGCUACACCAGGUCUCUUUCUCUUGCCGGCUCCCUAGCCGGCGCAGUAUGGAAUCUUGCCUUCGCGCUCCGCCUCCUCGCCCUCUCGCGCUCCCUUGGUGGCGAGAACGAGUCUGAGUGGGAGAGCGCCAUCGACGUCCGGGCGGUCGACAGCGUCCGCCUCGUCUGGGGCCUGCUCUUCGUCUACUUCGCUGCUGCGUCAGCGUCAUGUUUCAUCGGAUUUGUAGGGCUGGCUAAGCAUGUCCGGCUGUUCGUGCGUAUCUAUCGCGACUACUCAAUCGCGGACUUUGUGUUCGUCACGCUCGCAACACUGGGCGUGAGCUACACGACGUUCAGCUCGUCGACCGUGCGCUCGACGGUGUGCGAGGAGCUCUCGAGCCACCCCGAGCUGAUGCGCGACAUGGGCGAGAUGGGCCUCUCGCUGGAGAACUGCGAGCAGUGGUUUGAGCGUGCGGUCGUGGCCGUGCUCGGGGUCAUGUUUAUUCUCAUCGUCGUACGACUGCACAUCGUCAUUGCGCUGUCGCAAUACUACCGCCACAUUGGCCCGAAGGCCCACCACGGCCUGAGGCCCAUCAAGACGGACAUGCCGAUGCAGCGCAUCUACCUCGUCAACACGCCCUCCGCGUCCUCCCCGCCGUCGUCAAGCCACGGCCGCUCACACCACUUCACGUCCGCCAAGGACGUCACGGUGUACGCGACCGUGCCCGUGGGGAGCAUGACGGAGGAGGACGCCCGGAAUAUGCACGCCACGGAGGCCUGGAUCGCACCCGGCACUGCGGCGCCGCGCACACACCGGCAUUCGCACUCGCACUCGCACAUCCACUCGCACUCGCGCUCGCACAGGCAUUCGCACUCCCUGUCCGGCCGGGCGGCCGACUCGUCACGGCAGGCGGCGGCGCCCACGGACGACGAGAAGGCGGCGUUCUUGGCAUGAGACGGACACCCUCGCCCCGGACUCUGUCGGCACUUCUCUUCGCAGAAGCGUGCGGAUGUAGGCGCGCGCGGACGGGAGGGGGGUGUCGAGGACCACGACCACGACCAUCGCCGAAGGAGCGCGUUGGCACGCCCCAGUUUCCGGUUCUUUUGUUAUGCAUGUGUAUUUGAGCUUGUUCUAGUACGUAUACAUUAUAGCCCUGACUAGGUGCCGCACCCACUCCGUCAUUGCGCAGCUUCUCGGUGCGCGUUUUCUCCGCAUACGAGUUCCCCCUCUUCUCCUCCCUCCUACCCCCACCCGUCCCCGGGCUGCGAUCGCGCUUGUGGCAGCCUGCGUUGCUGCUGCGACUGUUGUGGCCGGGCCUUCCUCUCCUUGAAUCCAAAUUCUUUUCACAUUGUCUGACGGCUGUACUGUGGACACCGGGGCCUGUACAUGGACACACGGUUGGCCUGGUUACGUACGCCCGUUGUAUGCAUACCUUCUCGACGCCCGCUCGACGAGCGAGGAUCCC